AAAACAAUAUGGCCGAAGUUAUUCUAUAACCUCGUUCAUUUGUUACGCAGCGGACAACAACACGCCGAAAAAACUAUAAGAAACGCGCGUGUCUGUUUGAAAUUAUUUGUAUUCUGCGUAUUAAUUACAAUAAAUAAUGUGGGGUAAUCUCAAUGACACACACAGUACGGAAAAUGUUUCGGGCGGAUUUUUUAACAACGACCAGAAUGCCGCUAGCGCAAAUAAAAAUAUUCAAAGAUCACGUAACAUUGUUCCUGUUAUGAUUGGACUUUUAAAUAAGUCUGCCGGCGAAUUGAAAAUUUGUGGAAUUCCAAUUUAUAUGAUAAGUAUAGUUGGAAUGUUGCGGCACAUUGAUGAAUCCGCUACUAAAGAAACUUAUGAAAUUGAAGAUGAGACAGGUACUAUUACAGCUUUUCGUUGGUUAGAAGCUGAUAAAUCAAGUGAAGCAUCUACAUUUAAAUUAAAUACUUAUGUACGAGUGUAUGGACACUUGCGUGAACAAGAUAGUAAGAAGCAUGUAUUAGUAUUAAAAAUACGUGCCCUAACAAAUUUAAAUGAAUUGACCAGUCAUCUGUUAGAAGUAGCAUAUAUAGUGCUAAAGAGUAAAAAAGUGGGCAUGGUAACUCAAAAAAAGACUGACACGGAUGAUGUUAUGACAAAUAAUAAUGUUGGUGGUUUAACAAAAGCACAAACUUUAGUUUUCGAGAUUAUUCAAGCAGAAAAUGAUAGUGAGAAUGGAAUUCACAAAAGUGUGCUUACCAAAAAAGUACCAAAAAGUAUUUUACCAAAAAUUUCCGAUAUACUUCAUUUUCUUACAACUGAAGGACAUAUAUAUACAACACUUGAUGAAGAUCAUUAUAAAACAACUUAAGAGUAACAGGUUCUAAACUAUUCAGAUUUUCAUAUAAUGUUUUCUACGCAUACUAGAUAUAAUACUUCAUUACAUUACCAUGAACAUUAUAAAUAAUUAUUAAGAUAUUUAAGAAAUUAUUUUAAAUAUAUUAUACAAAUUAUAA